CAAGUCCACACAGUCCAUUUUAUUCAUAGGGAUCCGCAUGGCGCGCACAUCCUACAACAUAAACACAUUUUUCGUUUUUUUAUUAAUUUCUAAAUAGUGGGGGAAAAUAUUUGGACGUUCAGAAUUUGUCCUUCUCUGAAGACAUAAUAUGGAAAGUCAGCAUUUUCGUUUCCUUUUAAUUGCAGGUCUGCUGAGCUUACCUUUACUUACAGAAUGUGAUAAAGUUAGGAUUGUCGGGCCUUCACGUUGCGCUGGCAGAGUGGAGAUCUACCAUGACGACGUCUGGGGAACCGUGUGUGAUGAUCACUGGAGCAUUACUAAUGCUGAGGUGGUAUGCCGAGAGUUAAAUUGUGGCGUGGUUAUGGAGGCCAAGAAAGGUGCUUUCUUUGGAGAAGGCUCAAAUGAGAUCUGGUUGGAUGACGUGCAGUGCAAUGGGAAAGAGACCUCCAUUAUCAAGUGCCAGCACAAGCAUUUUGGGAUUAAUAAUUGUGGGCAUAGUGAAGAUGCUGGAGUUGUAUGCUCUGAACAUGUUCGGAUUCUCAAUGGAACCAGUCGUUGCAAUGGCAGAGUGGAGCUCUUCCAAAAUGGCCAGUGGAAACGAGUGUGCAGCAGUGACUGGGGUAAGGAAGAAGCAGACGUGGUGUGCCGGGAGAUCAGCUGUGGCUCGCCUAUUGUUCAGGCUGCAACACAAUACUUUGGAGAGGGACAGGGGCUGCAUGGUGUCAAAGCUAACUGUGUUGGGAACGAGACCUCCAUCUCUAACUGUGUGAUGCAAGAGUUCAGAGAAACUUGCAUUGAUGCUACCAUUUCCUGCAUGAACACCAGGCCAAUCCGGCUAGUAAAUGGGACUAAUCGAUGUUCUGGUCGCGUAGAAGUGUACUAUGAGGGACAAUGGGGAACCGUUUGUGAUGACAAAUGGGGCAUGCAGGAAGCAUCUGUAACAUGCCGAGAGAUGAACUGUGGGAAUGCUCUUGCUGUCAAGUACAAGGCCUACUAUGGAAGAGGACAGGACCAGGUCUGGUUGGACGAUAUUGACUGCACCGGUCAUGAGAAGUCCCUGUCUGAUUGCCCACAUAGAGGUUUUGGAGAGCAUGACUGUGACCACCAUGAAGACGCUGGUGUUAUUUGCUCAGAGAAUGUGAGAUUGAUUAAUGGGACGGACAGCUGCUCUGGCAGAGUAGAGGUCUUCCACAAUGGUCACUGGGGAAAGAUCUGCAGUAACAGUUGGGGUGGGACAGAGGCUACAGUACUCUGUAAAGAACUCAGUUGUGGAACUCCAAAGAAAAACCAAGACGUCUUCACUUUUGGUGACAGCCCACUGGCGGGGUUUAUAAGUAGAUGCUCUGGUAACGUGAGCUCCAUCACUCAGUGUGUGGUGGAUGAACAUGUCGGGAGAUGUGAAGGUGUUUCUAUUGCAUGUGCAGGUAAUCCUCCAAUUCGGGUUGUUAAUGGCACUGACCGAUGCUCAGGUAGAGUGGAGGUUCUGCAUGAUGGCCAGUGGGGAACAAUAUGUGAUGACGAGUGGGACAUCAGAGAUGCCCAGGUGGUGUGCAGAGCCUUGGACUGUGGAUCUGCUCAGACAGCUAAAGGUUCAGCCUUCUUUGGUCAAGGCCAGGGAGACAUCUGGCUAGAUGAUGUAAGCUGCUUUGGGAAUGAAUCGUCCCUUUUGCAUUGCCGCCGACCUCCUUUUGGAGAGAACAACUGUGGCCAUGGGGAAGAUGCUGGGGUGAUUUGUUCAGCUAACCUUAGGCUGAUAAAUGGCACUGACACCUGCUCCGGCAGGGUUGAAGUCUACAAUGGGGGCCACUGGUCAUCAGUAUACAAUCUCAACUUUGAUAUGAAUGAAGCUACAGUGGUGUGCAGAAAUAUGAAUUGUGGAGAUGCUGUUAAGGCCUUUGGAUCAUAUGGGGAAAAUAUGGACCUCAGAGGCUUACAGAUGAGUUGCAGUGGUACAGAGCAGUCCGUCUCUCAAUGCACACUGAGAGAGUAUACCAGAAACAGAAAUGAUCGUACUGAAGAGGCAUCAGUCCAAUGUUCUGGAAAUGUGAAGUUAUCUGAUGGGCCCCAUCGUUGUGCUGGAAGAGUGGAGUUUUUUGAUAAAGGCCAGUGGGGGACUGUGUGUGGGGAAUUCUGGGACAUUAAUGAUGCAACAGUUGUGUGCAGACAGCUGAACUGCGGCAGGGCUCAUAAGAUUACCAAAAUGUCAGAGUUUGGUCAAGGGUCGGGGCAGACGUGGAUUGAACAUAUUGAAUGCAGUGGGAGGGAGUCUACUCUUUCCCAGUGCCCACAAAGACAACUUAGAGACAGAACAUGCAACGCAACUGCCAAAGCUGGUGUGAUUUGCACUGGGAGCUUAGAGGUCCGGUUGGCUAAAGGCAAGGACGAGUGCUCUGGAAGGGUUGAGGUCCGUCAUGCUGAAGCAUGGCAAACGGUUUGUGAUGCAGCCUGGACGGAAAGUAAAGCCGAGGUGGUAUGCCAGUUGCUGGAGUGUGGCCAUGCUUUAAACACUCCUGGUGGUGCUUCCUUUGGUCAAGGCAAUGGAACUGUUGUGGAAGCGAGUGAUUCAUGUUUUGCCAACUUGACUUCUCUUCAAAAAUGCUCAGUAAAUGGCUUUAGUAGAUCAACAUGUGGACAUGAACAUGAUGCUGGGGCUGUGUGUGCAGCCCAGUUGCGGUUGGUUGGUGGCUCAGGCCAGUGCUCUGGCAGAGUGGAGAUCUUCUACAAAGGCCAAUGGGGCACCGUGUGCGAUGAUGACUGGCAAAUGAGCAAUGCUGAUGUGGUGUGCAGACAGAUUGGUUGUGGUCACGCGGUCUCGGCCCCCACCAGUGCACAUUUUGGUAGAGGCUCCGGUCCAAUUUGGUUGGACAAUGUGGAGUGUACAGGCCAAGAAGUUGCACUUACACACUGUAACCACCGUGGUUUUGGAGAAAAUAACUGUGGGCAUGGUGAAGAUGCUGGUGUCAUCUGUUUAGGUGAUCUACAAAAGCCUCAGAUUACUUUGAAUCCUUCUUCAGAGGUAAUCUGGGGUGAGAAAGUGGAAAUCACAUGCACUGUGGCAACAGAACACUUGGGUGGGACAUUUUUGCUAAAAAAGACACAAGGUUCAUUUUCGAAGGAAAAAUUCUCAGACCAUGAGGAGGCGACUUUUACCUUCCCUCAAGCAGAGUUCAACCUAAAUGGGACAUACUUCUGUGAAUAUCAUAAGAAACUGGCAGAUCAAAUUAUUUAUUAUCCUCAAGGAAAUACAGCCGACCUCUCUGUUGGCGUAAAGUUAGGGAUACCCAGCAUCUCUCUAACAUCUGCUCAUCAGAUGGUGAUCUACAGUCCUGUUAAACUAUCCAUCACCAAAGGAAGUGCCUUCUCCAUAACCUGCGCGAUUCAUUCCAGGUUUCCUGGUGGCGUCUUCUACCUGAGCAGGUCUAACAAAAAUAACACUGAGGCCAAACCAGCAUUUGGGCACAACAUUUUCUACAUGGCGUACUUUGAAUUCUCAGAAGUAGAUUUUAAAGACCAAGGAGACUAUGCCUGUGUCUACACUGUUAACAUCUCAUCAAUUCCCUUCCGCUCCUCUCCCUCUAAGACACUCCAAGUCACUGUACUCGCAACCACCUCUUCAUCAGUUGUUGCAGGUGUUGUGAGUGUGUUAGUGAUACUGCUUAUCUUGUUGGUCAUUGGCUUCUUUGUUUGGAGGAAGAAAUGGCGAGGCGCCGUUGUCAUGGCUCAGUUUAACAACAGGUUAGAAUCCAAAAAACAAGAGCUGGACGACAGAGGCAACGGAGCACUCGAUGAAAGGGAACGUACCAACCAGUUGUAUGAUAGAGGACAGCAGGACAGCAUGAAAAGAAUGAACAACAAUCUUGAUUUGGAGAUCACAGAGGAAAAAGUCCCAGAAGAUUUGGCAGGAAGAGUCUGUUAUGAGCGUGAACCACUGGUUGAUCCUUAAUGGACCCUUAAUGGAUCAACCAGCAGUACCAUCCAACACAGGCCUUCUACUUAUUUUCAAAGCAACACAACAUCAAGUUGAAAGGCGGUGUUUACUUUCUCUAUACAUUGUUGAAAACACCAACGCUGAUGUCUUAAUGUUCUGAGACUCCCGAGCAAACUCAUUUGUUAGAACACCAACCUAUCGGGAACAAGCUUUGGACCUUUUGAUGAUGUGUAGAAGCUCCUUACAAGUUCCAAAAAUAAAUAGGAAACUUUGUUGUGUUUUUACAUCUAGUUUUCGAAAAGUAAUUUUUAGUUUUUAUUUUACAAUUGAAUGAUGUAAACCUUAUCAUUUUCUUUAAUGGUAAGUGCAAACAAUGAACAACUGCUCAAUGAUUACACAGAUAAAAUAUAGUUCUAAUCUCUCAUGCAAUAUAAUUCAUUUAGUCAGAAACAAUCAUUUUCAUUCAUAUUCCUGUGGUGAUUUUUAAAUAUAAAGUAAAUCAUAAUGCUAUUUGGUGCAAGGAUGAGCUGAAGGUCUUAAUCACCUUGAAAAAAGAAGGUUUUGGUGUUUCCCAGUAAUUUGCUUUUUGUAAAGUGUGACUGAUUAAUAAAAUUUUGCUUUGAAAAGAG